GGAAAAAGUUGGAAUGGUUGACAAGAAGAUUGAACAUGUUCAUGUUCAAUGCUGAUUAAAGAUUUACUCAUUUAAUGAUUUAUUCUAAAUGAUGUCAGAUGCAAAGAUAAGAUGGGAUCAUGAGGAUCCAAUGAAACAGUAUAUAGAAGAUAAAAGAAAAAGGGAACAGUCGGAAAGACUAGCCCAGCUGAAAGCUCUCGUCUUUGAUUCCUCUUCAGACUCCUCUAGUGAUUCUGACUACCACAGAAAACUCAACAGAAAAAAAUCAAAGAAGUCUAAAAAAUCCUCAUCAGACUGGAAAUCACGAAAGAAAAAGUCAGAUGAAAGAUCACGGUCUUCAACCUCAAACUCCAGUCAACUCAAGGAAGACAAGAAAGAGAAAAGGAAGAGAAAAAGGAAAAAAUAUGCAGAAAGUGACAGUGAAUUCGAACGGAAAGGAAAGCGGAGAAAACAGGGUGAAGUGUUUGAAAAUCCAAAACUAGAAACUAUUAAAGGAGAUGACUCAAGCGGAGUUUGGGUGGAAAAAAGGAAAAGUGAUAUUGCUUUGAAAAAGACAGACACAGUUCAGUUGAAAGUUCAUCCAAGAAAACAUAAUAAGCAUAAAAAGCACAAACAUAAACAUAAACAAUCUUAACAUGCUGUUAAAUUAUGAAUGUCUGUGUAAUAUUUGUUAUGCAAUCAAUAUGUUUUGGGGAAUUUCACACUUCAUGUAUGGUCAAAUAAAUACUCUUAAAAAUUGUCACCAAUACUUCCUGUAAAUUAAUCAAAAGAUUAUGUACAUGUAUACAU